GUGAGUGAGAGAGGGCAUUCACUUCGAGGCACCAGCAAGGAGAAGAAGACGAGCAGUCCUCAUGCUGAUGCACAAGCCCCCUGACCACCAUCACGUCCAUCUACCUCCAGGCUGGAACUCCCUCCUCCUCCACCUCCUCCUCCUCCUCUCUCCUCCACCAAACUCUCAAGACACUUUGCACUAAAUUUUUGCUUUUGUAUUUUUUGAUCAUUUACCCUCUUUUUAUAAUCAUUAUUAACGAUGCACACCACGCAAAAGGACACCACCUACACUAAGAUCUUCGUCGGGGGGCUGCCCUACCACACCACCGACUCCAGUCUCAGGAAGUACUUUGAGGUGUUUGGCGAGAUCGAGGAGGCGGUGGUCAUCACUGACAGGCAGACCGGCAAGUCUCGGGGCUAUGGAUUUGUGACCAUGGCGGACCGCUCGGCUGCUGACCGGGCCUGCAAGGACCCCAACCCCAUCAUCGACGGCAGGAAGGCCAACGUAAACCUGGCCUACCUGGGGGCCAAGCCUCGAGUGAUGCAGCCAGGUUUUACUUUUGGAGUUCCCCAAAUUCACCCUGCAUUCAUCCAAAGGCCUUAUGGCAUCCCGGCGCACUACGUAUACCCUCAGGCCUUCGUGCAGCCCAGCGUGGUCAUCCCGCACGUGCAGCCCACCGCUGCCGCCGCGCCGGCCCCCGCCACAUCCCCGUACAUCGACUACACAGGAGCAGCCUAUGCUCAGUACUCUGCCGUUAGCGCCGCCGCGGCGUACGAGCAGUAUCCCUACGCUGCCUCCCCAGCCGCUGCAGGCUACGUCACCACCGCCGGGUACGGAUACGCUGUUCAGCAGCCUCUUGCCGCCGCCGCCGCCCCGGGCUCUGCGGCAGCGGCGGCCGCCGCCGCUGCUGCCUUUGGCCAGUAUCAGCCUCAGCAGCUGCAAACCGACCGCAUGCAAUAGCAGGAACAGGAAUUGGAUUCCGGAUGCUGUGCUUCGACCAAAAACAGGAAAAAAAGUCGCCGUACAAAUAUGAUGAUGAUCAAUGUUUUAGUAGCUUAUUUCUAGAGAGGAACUGCAGGAACUAAUCCCUGUUACUUAAGUCCUGUUGCUGUCUUUUUUUUUUACAGUAGGGCUUAUUUUGUAUAUUUAUUAUUGUCACACACACUGAGGGUUUUUUUUUUUUGUAUAAUCAGGGAAAAAAAAUGAUGCUGUUUUCAGCGUGACCUCCUUUCGGGACUUUUCGGACGGUGUCCUUGAAGGCCACCCCCACCCCUUUUUACCUAUGCAAAGCUAAAACAGAAACAAGUGAUAAUAACUUGGAGACUGUGAUGGAAAACAAGGCGGAGCUAUAUUGAAAGGGUGUGGCAAGGGUGCUGACCCAGAUGAAUCUCUUUGUAAUAGGAAUGUAUCGCUGGUAACUCCGAAAAAUUGAGCCGUCACAUUGUUUUUGAGAGGGGUGAUCAACUUUAUAGGGCAACCCACCAAGUCCGCCAAUCCCUUUUGUUUCAGCACAAAGCGACCCAGCUGCUGCCUGCUUCCAGGUGUAAAGUGGGCUGUUUUUCUGCGGGACAGCUUCUGUAGAAGGGGCGAACGGCUAUAAUGUGGAGCUGGGGACCAAGGAGGGGCAGGGUCCCGGCACGAGCCUCCAGAUCGGUCAACAUGGAACAGGAACCUAUUACUUGUUGCUUAUUGGUUGACCUCUGACCUUUUGGUCCCCAAGCUGGGCCCCAAUUUGGUGGGCAUCAGAUUUGUACGAGGCCACCCUACCAGUCCCACUACCCCAGUGUGCCGUUCCACUGCUGAUCAAGCAAAAAAAACAGAGCAUAACUUCUUGUAGGGACAUUUGGGGGCGGGGGGGACCUUUUUAAGCACCCCUCUUGAUCUAUGCAAAGUAUAUCAAAUCAAUGAAAAUGACGAGAAAGGAAUAUUGUAGACAUAAACAUAUUGUGAGCACACAGCUGUUGGGAGGGGCGGGUGGCUAUAAUCCCACACCCAGGGUGGGUGGUGGUCAUGGUUUUUGGGGAGACAAGGUUCAAAGAGCUCCCCCCCCCCCCCCCCCCCCGCUAGCCCUGCCGAUUCCAACAGUGUCAGCAAAAAAUAAAUAAAAAAUCUACCUGGAAACCGUUUGAGCCAGGGUGCCUUUCCCCUGCUAUUUCAUACUGCUGUAUUGUUUCCGAUGUGACCUUCUGUCAGGACAUUUGAGGGCUACUUUUGAAUGCCGCCCAUCCCCUCUUGAUAAAAUCAAAGGAUAAAAAAUUUAAAUGACCUGGAAUGGACGGAGGUUCCAGACGAUGACAGAAACACAGCUGCUGAGCUGGGAGGGGCCGCUGACACCAUUUUGUCCCCUUUCACUCCUCCCCACACAAGCAGAUCACUCUGGAACAGGAACGCAUCACUUGUUGCUCAUUUGUUGAGCUGUCACAUUUUAAUCCCCCUGCCGGGCCCUGUUUUUUGCCGGGGGGGUGUUGGGGGGACUGAGUUUACAGGGCCACCCACCAGCCCCAACAACCCCUCCAGUGUCAGCAAAAAUCUACUCGGCAACCGCCUGCCUCAGUGUGCCUUCCCAAUGCUAUUUAAAACAAAGUGACAUCUGCUAUUUAAAGUAUUUAUUUUUUAUUUCAUUUUGGUUUUUGGAGAGUAGUAGUGUCAGUACUGUAUUAAUAAUAUUACUGUGUACUCAUCUCAAGGCAUAUAUAAUAUAUAUAAGUUAUUGAAUUAGAUUUAGUUUUAAUAUAAUUAUUAUUAUUAUUAUACAUUAACAUACUCAACCCAAAAAAAGAGAUUUAGUAGCUAUUUAAAAAUACAAUGCACUGUACUUUUAUUUUUUAGCUUACUACUGGUUAGCUUUUUUUAAUGAAGAAACUUUAUUUAAAUGCAUGCAGCAAACAAAACAACAACAAAAAAGCAAAAAAUGCUGCUUUAUCCACUAGAAUGUAAAGUCAUUUUAGCUGUGCUUUAUUAUUAUUUUAUUUUUAUUUUUGGUUCAAAUUCAUCCGACAAUGUUGGGAAUUUUUAUACUUGAACUAUUUCUUACAAGGGACACGAGAGAGAGAAAAAAAAUCGUUUUAAGGAAGCUUUUCAUUGUCACUGGAUGAAAGUAUGUAAAGUGUUAAUAAAUAUUACAAAAACAUUUACUCAGCAAUUGGAAUAAAAUGUUCUAUAUUUCAAA